UUUUGUUCUUUUUUUUAUAUUAUAAAUAUUUAUAAAUAUAAGAACUUUUGAGAUUUUUAUGUUCAAUUUUUGAACCCGCUCUAUAUACAAGUAUUUUAGAGUUUUUUUAAAAAAAAAUUUCAAGAAAGUUCUAUACAAAAUGUUGAUUUAUAUUCAGAUUCAAACAUGGGCAGGAUUUUUGCUGGGUGCAAUGAUCAUGUUAUCUUUUCAUAAUAUGUUCGUUUCAAUGAUACUGUACAAAGCUCGCCAAACAAACGUUUCGAAUAUGCUUAAAAUUAUUUUCAAUUUUGGUUUUAUUGUGCGUAAUGUAGGUAUUUUAGGUCUUUAUAUGACACCAAAAUUACCUACGUACCCUAUGUGUUUUGCCCUUCAAGAAGUCACUAUGGUUGGGAACGUCAUAGUGAGAUUAUCACUAUCGGCGUUCUUGUUGUGGCGUUUGAGGCAGAUUCGCAACGUACAUAAUUAUGGGUCAGAUAAAUGGAUAAGUAUUAUUUUAUUUACAAUUAAAGUUGCACUGGCGAUUCCAUAUCUUAUUUUUCAACGGACACAUAUCGAUUACGUUCCUGAGGUUGAUGCAUCUAUUUGUAAUAUUAUCACUCCUACUCCUCUACCUUAUGCUGUUGGUGGGAUUGCCACGGAAUUUCUUAUCGAUUUGUUUGUAACUUUCCGCUUAGUUCAAAUAUUAAUCAGCGCUAAUAAGAACGCUGCUCAAGUAUCAACAACAAAUAUUAAAAGCAAACGAUCGUUAUUCACAGCCGUUAUGUAUUGGAAUUUCUUGCGAUUAUUCGUAUCUUUUAUCUUUCAUUUUCAAGCUAUUUUGGAUAUUGCACAAAUCGAAUCCGAAGUACCGUCAUUUACCGCAAAAAUCAUAGUAACUAUUACAUUAUCUUAUGUAAUUACUGUUGAUGCUGAGAUUGUACGAGUCAUUGAAGGAAAAGAUAAAAGAAAGGGAUCAAGUGGUGGCUCGGCAGGAACCGAGAAAUCACUCAAAAGUAUACAUAGUCCUCGUUAUAACAAUAGUGAUCUCCCUAAAUAUUCACAACAUGCUCAAACCAGUUCAACUCACAGUCAAAUUGAAAACGACAAAAUAGCAGUUGUGUCAAUGAAAAGAUUGUCAUUCUUUGAGUGGGCAAAUGUUGUAGUAGGGAAGCGUCUUCGCAGAGAUAAUGUUGAAGAAGAAGAAUAUGAGGAUAAUGAAGAGGAUAAUGAAUAUGAUGAUGAGGACAUGGAAGAAAUAAUAGAUGGUCCUUCAAAAUCAUCUAAAGAUAAUGAUCUAGAAAAAGAUCUUUCACAAGAUCGAAGAAGUAGUAAUUUUAGUGGCACAACUUCAGUGACGGAAACGUCAACACUUGAUGAAAAUCCAGACAUUGUCAUUCAUUAGUUUAUAAUUUAUAACUCAUAAUUUCAUGCCACGAACAAUUUUUCUUUUUAAAUUAAAAAAAACCGGAAAAAAUUAAUAUGUAUUCAUUCUUCACUUAUUUAUUUUGUAUUUCUAAAUCUAUUUACUAUUUUUC